AUGACUAUCACAGUUUCUAUUUCCAAACGCAUGAGUUACAUUUACACUUAUAAUUACACCUUCUUCUUGAACAAGUUGUUCCUCCCUGUGUUUUUUGCUUAUGUGAUUGUUCAUUAUUUCCACUCUCCCGAAGUUGUGGUUGAGACUAACCUCUCUUCCUUUGAUGGCAAUAGUGAGAAUGAUUGCAAGAGCUUAAACACCAUUGGUGACUACAAAGCCAAGUGUAUGUACCUUAAAUCCAAUGACCCAUGUGUCUCUCAGGGCUAUAUUGAUUACCUUUACCUUUUCUAUUGCAAAUUUGGGAGUUUCCCUUUAUUGGGUCCUAGUCUCCUAAUUUGUUGGCUCUUAGUCAUGUUUCAUCUAUUGGCUAACACAACUUCUGAAUAUUUCUGUCCUUCCCUUGAUAACCUAUACAAAUCACUGAGGUUGUCCCCAACAAUUGCUGGAGUGACCCUUGUCGCUCUUGGCAAUGGUGCCAAUGAUGUUUUCUCAAGCCUUGUCUCUUUUCAGGGUAAUGGGACUCACAGCAUUGGCUUUAACACAGUUCUUGGGGGUGUUUCCUUUGUGUCCUGUGUUGUGGUGGGGAUAGUGAGCAUUUCAAUAAGUCAAAGGGGGAUCCGAGUGAUAAAAUCUGAUUUUCUGAGAGAUGUUUGUUUUCUUCUUUCGGCUAUUGUCUACUUGUUUAGUAUUUUGAUCACGGGUGAGAUCAAUGUUUUUGGAGCAAUUGGUUUUCUUUCUAUGUAUGUGGUGUAUGUGAUUGUUGUUUGUGUCUCUUCUUCUACCGGAUGGAAGGGUGGCUCUGUUGAUGAUGCUAAAAUGAAGAGUACUAGUUCAAGUUCUGGUGAUGACUUGAAUGUGCCUCUUCUCAUAAAUGGUACAGAUAAAGGAUCAAUUGAUUGUGUUGAAAAUGGUGCUCAAGUAUGUGACAUGAAUUUGAUAUCUUCAAUAUAUCGAAUGUCGCUUUAUAUCAUGGAGAUGCCCCUUUACUUGCCUACAAGGUUGACAAUUCCUAUUGUUGGUGAAGAGAAUUGGUCAAAGCCUUAUGCAGUUUCUUCAGUGAUAUUAGCACCUCUUCUCUUGUCUGUCCUGUGGUACCCUUAUAAGGAAAACAGUUUUUCGAGCACAAAUUUUACUGUUUAUGGAAUUGGAUUAUUGGUUGGAAUUAUAUUUGGUGUGAUUGCAUUUUUCACAACAGAAAUGUCAAAGCCACCAAGGCACUUUGCUUGGCUUGCAGGAGGGUUUGUAAUGAGUGUGACUUGGAGCUACAUUUUAGCUCAAGAGUUGGUGGGGUUGUUGGUUUCAAUUGGCUACAUAUGUGGAAUAAGUCCUUCAAUAUUGGGGUUAACAGUUCUUGCUUGGGGGAACUCACUCGGGGAUUUGAUGACAAAUGUGACUAUGGCUUUAAAUGGUGGACCAGAGGGUGCUCAAAUAGCAAUAUCAGGUUGCUAUGCUGGUUCUAUCUUCAAUGCUGUUGUUGGGUUGGGCUUGUCUCUUGUGUCUUCAACAUGGUCACAGUACCCACAACCUGUAGUGAUUCCUAGAGAUCCAUAUCUCUUGGAGACAUUGGCAUUUUUGGUUGUUGGAUUGGUUUGGGCACUUGUGGUUUUGAUAAGAAGAGAUAUGAAGCUUGAUGGACUCUUAGGAAAAGGGCUUUUAAUUGUUUACUUCAUUUCUUUGUUGAAGAGGCUGAUUUAG